AUGAUCUCCAGCGCUGCCGCAGACGGCGAAGAAAAAACAUUACCCAACGAUAACCUCGACACGACCAACACUGCUGAAACGAGCCUUGUCCUGUCUACCGAACUCCUCCAAAAAUGCCGCCAUCUCCUCGAAGAACUAGACACGUUCCAAUCACUCCUGCACAAGAAAUUGCGAAAUCCACAAGUUGUUGAAGCCAGACAGCUACGAUCGAAUGUUGCCUCCGAGUUACGCGCGCUGGAGAAACUGAAUAGACAGGCUGAGGACGCCGUCAAGUCCGCAUCUACAUCCACAUCCACAACAGCAACAACAGCUGCUGCUGGACCUGCUCCGGAUCAAGAUUUAGCUGAAUCACGACUGAUUCAUGCAUUACGAUCAUCGAAUUUACCCUUCUACGAGGCUGUGUGGGCAGUUGCUAAACGGUCAUGUACCGGGUUAGUCGCUUUUGGGAAGAGGUUCUACUGGGAUGAUGAGGACGGUAGUGGCGGUGUUACAGAUGAUGGCGUGAAGGGUAAAAGCAAGCCGAGCAAGGAUAAACGGAAGAGUGUCUUUGUGGAUAUCAUUGCCGAUGAUGGGGAGGAGUGGGUGAAGGUGUCCACGAUUUCGGAGUCUCGGCUACUGUUUGAGAUGGCGGAGAAGGGGUGGGAGAUGGAUGAUAGUGAUCUAUCGAGUGGUGACGAAGAUGGGCAGGAGAGGACCAUUCUGCGCAACGAUUGGAACAGUGAAGAACAGGACGAUGAAAAUGAAAUCGAACUGAUUAAAUUGGCAAGGGAUGCGAAAAAGGCUGCUUCUGCCACGCGGGUGAGAUAUAGACAUCCGCGAGUGCGGUUUGUUCUACCAAAGAUCGAGGAAGGCAAGUUUGGGGAUAUUGACAGUGUCCUAAGUGAGAUACGGUCCCAUGGCAUAACAGUUGAAUGCAGAGAAAGUGAGAAGGAUACGAGUACAGUGCCUAAACUGCUGGUCUCUAAAGAUGAGCCGGCCUUGUCACAUCUCCUUCCCCAUCCCUUUAUACGUUUCACCUCCACUCUGAAUGUUGACUGUACGCUGUUGCUUGCCCUGGUAUCGGAUCUCUCACAUUCUCAAAGCAUAUCGCCAUUGCCAACCCACCAUAAAGCCAUUGUAAGGCAAAUUGAGAUCGAAAGGGAGCAGCCUUUACUGCCCGCAGAGCUCUGGCCAGCCAUGAGUGGGCACGACCUAGUCUGUACAGAGGAAGCAGCAAAGCGGAUGUGUGAGAUUGUGAGCAUCAUCGGUACGGAUACGGAGAAAAUGCGGACUCGGAUAUUGAUGGGUGAUUCUCCGUUCGAGAGUGAAACCAGAGAAGCUACCCUUGAAAGAUUUCAAGAGCUUUCAGAUUAUCAGGUACCUGCACAAUGGAGAAUCCCCAUCACCGUUGUUGACGCCAAGACGAUUAUCGACACGGCGAGGAAGCACGCUAAGCUUCCUUCCGUGGUUCAAAACGCAGCCGAGAUUCUCUCCGAUAUUAACUACAGCGUGUUCUUAUAUGGAUGGAUCACAGGGUUGACGACCAUUACCAGCAAUCGCACUGUUGCUAAGCAGAUUGAGGCCACAGUUGAAAGUCAUAGAAAUGGCGAUGACAGCCUGGAGGGACCACCGGUCUGGGUGUGCGAUACGGCCAGAAGUCUAAUAGGGAAAGAAAAGGAUCGGAAAUAG